AUGCACACCCUUCAUGUCUCCUUUCAGAACCUCUCUUUGAGUAUCAUCAUCAACGACACGGAGACUCUCACUCUCUCCGAGUCCACUUCGAUUCAAUUCUCUGUUCUCGUUUCAUCACAAGAACAAUUUUUCUAUCAUUUCAAAGGAGAAGAAAUUUCACAAUUUUCAUGUCAGUGUGAUUUAAAAAUACAAUCUCCAUUGAUGGAUGUGAUAUUUGUGAAAAUUCAACUUUCCGAUCCAUCCAAUAAGAAUGGAAAUCAAUAUCAAUUUCGAGGAGUUGUUUCCAAUGAUUUGAACUCUCUCGUACAGAAACAAACCGUCACAAGAACAAUCCAUCUUGAACCUGUUCAAGUCGAUAAGGACACCAUUCCAUUAUAUUGUCGAAUUGAAAAUGUUCAAAUCACUCCCAUUGAUUUUGGUUGGAAUAAGGAAUCGAAUCAGAGUCGAUUGGCCAUGUUUUUACGUCAAACGGUGGAUCAGGUGCAGAAUUUCACGAAACAGAAAAGUGAAAAAUCAAUCCUAGGAUUGACCAUGAAAAGUAUUUCAAGUUUUACAGAUCAUGUAGAUGAUGCACAUGCUAUGAAUCCUACGAACAGUGGAAACACCAUUAGUGACACUUCGCCAUUGAGAAAACUUUUCAGAAGUACACACAUCAAAUAUCCUAAUUUGGAAAUUCGAAAAAGCAUUCAACGAUUUUUCAAAGCAUAUUUAUUAUAUCAAAAUCAACAAGUGAAAGCUCAAAAGUUAUUACCUUCUCAAACUUGUGACUUGAAUAUUAUUGAGCUGAAGAAUCAUUCCUUGUACAAGUCUGAAUUUGACAAUUAUUUCUUCUCACUGAGAAUGCUCAAUGAAUUGAACAACAUGCUCGAGUUCAAAAAAAAAGAUUUAUUUGAAUUGUGGGUUAGAGCUCACACAUUCUUUGCUUCCUCUUCCAAUAAUAGCAAGCCAUUCAUGUUUUCAAGCUCUCCUACGUGUCUAUUUCGAAAAGAGAAUCCUUCUUUGAAGAAUGAUUCAAUCGAAGAUCAAAACUAUCUCAAAUCAAAAAUCAUUGAUCAAUACUAUUUAAGAUAUUACUCAAGAAACGAUGACGUUCAAAAAUUUAUUCACAACAUUGUCUAUUUGUGGAAAUGUAUGUUCAACACAAUUGUGGAGUCUCCUCGAGGAAAAACUGUUGAAGAAUUGCUCCAUGCUGAAAAUAAGGAAAUUGAAACGUUCAUUUAUUAUCUAGAUCGAAUCUACGAAAACAUAUCGAGUGUAUUUGAGAAAAAUCAUCUUUACAUGAGAUUAACAAAGGUCGUGAAUAAGAUUAAUUUUGUCAAUGAAAACAGCUUGGAAUUAUUUCUUCAGAAUAAUUCCACAGAUUAUGAAUUUUUGAGAUAUCCAGAUUUGAACGUGGUCACAAGCAUUAGAAUUUUGAAAUUUUUGGAUAUGGUCAAUCGAAAAACGCUUGAAAUUAUUUCACAUCUCAUCAAGAACGAUGAAUUAGAACCUCUAGAGCUAAAAAUUGUGAAUGCAUUGUUGAAUUCACAUUCUUUCAUGAAGUUGAAAGAAGUACUUGAACAAACCAAUCACUAUGAAUCGAAAAUAGUUUCAGAUCCAUAUUUUGACAGAAUUUUCGAAGUGUCUCCUUCUCUCUUUGAGCCAUUUAUGCUACCUAUGAAAACACUCAUGUCCAUCAUUGAUCAAACUUUAAUUGUUUUCAAUUAUGGAAUUAACUCCAUUGUCACAUCAAACUUUGUAGUGAAGAAAUCCAGCUAUAUCACUGACGAAUUAUUGGAACUCAAACUAUUCAUCAAGAAGGAUGACGAAAAAUCAGGCUUUCAUUUUCAUAAUAUUCGUUACUCGGAUUAUUUAGCGUACAUUUUUCACAAACAACACAAUCGAUUGUACAAUAUUCUAGUGAAAGCAGUGGCCGAUCUUUCCAAACAAUUUGAGUGGACACGAGCAUCUGCAUGGAUUGACUCGAUCAUGGAACGUAAUUAUCCACAAUUUUUUGCUGCUACCAAAAAAAGAUUUGGAUUCAAAGAUUCCAAUUUCACAACAUUUAUUUUCAAGAUUAUUGUGAAACUUCAAGAAUCUGCGAGCAAUAAGCAAAGACAAAAACAAAUUGAUCAUUUAUUGUCGAUCAUUCCUUCUGAACUUCCAUGGGACGUCAAACAAUUGCCAGAAAAACGAGUCGUGAAAGAUAGGAGCAUUCCUCCAUUCGAUGUGGAGGAGGAAGAAUUAUCCACACCACAUCGCAGAUGGAAGACUUUAAAUUCCAAAGUACCUCCUGCUCCACAACUUUCACAAAUUAUUUCCAUCACAACCAAAGACACUACUCCAAAACGUAAACUCGCAGGAAUUAUUCAAGUUUUCGACGCUGAUCAUGAAUUAUUGAAAGAUUACAGAAAUAGAACCAUGGAUACUCAAGUCAUUGACAAAGUUUCAUUAUAUUAUUUAUUUAUCACUUCGAGCAUUUGUUUGGAUACAUCAACCUAUCUCACUGAAACAUUUAAGCUCUGUAAAAGAUUUUCACAGUCAAGUCAGAAUAAUGUUUUGAGAACGACCAUUCCAAAAGUUACAAAUAGAACUGUAUCCAUUUUACAAUCAUCUUACAAUUCAACAAAGGAUAACCAAUCCACCAUUGAUUCAAUAACCACAACAACUUCCACAAUACCUCCUCCUCCUCCUCUUUCACCUAACUCUGGAAAACCUUUUGCAACAACAACAGCAGAUGCAAAAUAUUCGCCUCCCCAACCUCCUCCAAAACCAAAAAAAUUGGAAUUCUCAAAAGAAUUCUACGAAAAGUUGGCCGAAGUGAAAAAGAUUAAUACCACCUCCACAUGGUCUCUGAGACAACUUCUUGAUUUGGACGAUGAUGUGGAAAUUAGUUCUGAUGGAUUGAUUGAGGAUUUAUUGGAUAAGGUGAUUCCUUUAUAUACACUUCUCAAAUUUCACAAUAUUGAUUUGAAUGCAUUGAUUCAAACGGAUAAUAGUUAUAACACGAUCAAUCAGGCAAUAUUGAAUCAAAGAUAUUCAGUCGUGAAAGAAGUAUUACCUUCCAACGUUGUGAAAACUAUUUGCUUAUUUCUAUUUCCCACUAAUUUACUUUAUGUGAGUUUAGUAUCCAAACAAUUCUUUCAAGAAGCUCACAAAAUAUUCUUUCCAAAAAGCGUCAACAAUGUAUUAUGUGCUUGGGAAAGAUAUCCUGCAUUGACCUAUUUGAAAGUGACAGGAAUUGUUCGAAAAAAGAGACAUCAAUUAGCACAACUGAAAGAUUAUGUGAGCAACUUUCUCUACAUGAUUACUCUUGAAAAUUUGGAAAAGAAAUUGGACAUGCUUGGCUUUCAUCAUGCAAAAGAAGAUUUGUUGACAUUCUUUUCACUCAAGAAAGAUGUGUUAGCUUUAAGGUUAACACAACUUUAUCAAGAUGAAAAACAGUUCAUUUUCUCACGUUUUUUCAGCUGGUUUUUCAGACUUUCUGAUUCUUUGAAUUAUGACAUUCCAAAAUUGGCAAGAUUCAAACACGAACGAGAGAUUUUUAAGAGAAUUUGUGCUUCCUACUUGUUUUUAUCUCUCUCUUCAAGUAAGAACGACACAUUGCCAAAUGUUGGCUCUCAUCCUCUAGUAUUAAUUAGAAAUAUGAUCAAAACAGUUUCCAUCGCUUAUCCAAACGUGAACAUUUUGAUGUUACUCGCUGACUUUUUUGACAUUUCAGAAGCAAAUGUUGCACAAUUAUUUCAAUACAGAAGAGAAUGGAAAAUGAUUUCAGAAAUUGGUCUAAAAUUUAAAGAAUACAGCAUUGAUUUGGAAAACUUUUUCACAAAGAAUGCAAAUGUGUUAAACACAUACUAUAAUCCAAACGAGUUUAUCAAACAAGCAAAAGACAUUUUGAAAAAAGCAUAUGAAAGUUUGGACAAUAGCGACUUGGUCGACAUUGAAUGUUUACUCACAAAAUAUUGCAUGAAAUGCAAAGAUUAUUAUCAAUAUUAUUUAUUAUUGAAUGGUCAUGAAUCAAAAUUAAGUUUAGAACAAGCCAUGUUUAUGGCUAUUUCUCUCAAUCAAUUUGAAGAACUUGAACAAAUUAUUGAAAAAGGAGCCAAUAUUAAUGCUGUCACAAAACAUGGAUUUGACAUUUGCACCGCAAGUCUUCCUUGUAGAAAUCAAGAAAUUACCAAAUAUUGUCAACACAUUCGAAUUGAAUAUUUACUUUUAAAACAACCUUCAAAACUUGAAGAUUUUCCAUUCAACAUUUCACUCUUGAUGCAUACCAUUCGUGAAAACAAUAUUCAAGCUGUGAAUUUAAUGAUCCAAUUGAAUCCAGAAAUUCUCUAUGAAUACGAUGGAAAGUACAGACCGAUCGAUUUCAGUAUUGUUCAUCAUUCACAUGUUGUGGAAAGCACUGAAAUUCUUCUUCGUCACAUGCUCACUCAAGAUAAGGAACAUAACGUUCUUGUUCUUUCCAAAACAUGUUUCAUUGCAAUCGAUCACGAUCGAUACGACGCUCUCAAAUUAUUAAUUGAAAAAGAACCAUAUUUAGUGUUAAGAAAUGAGCUUUUCGAUUUUAGAUAUCCAGAAGCAUAUUAUUCCAAUCCAUCUUUAUUAUUGUAUUGCUUGAGAAAACGCAAAACUCAAUGUGUGCAAUUAUUAAUUGAAAAAUUCCCACAACUUCUCAAUUUCAAACUCUCUUCCAUGUAUACCGAAAAAACAACCAAUCUGAUCGGAGCAAAAAACAACACACCAAAAAGCAAAACCUCUUUAGGAAAUUUAAUUUUAAAUGGAACUCCUUUAACGUUUGCUGUAGAGACCAACCAAAUGAAAAUGGCACUCAUGCUUGUGGAAAUGGGAGCUGAUCUUUCAGUGACCAAAAAUGGAAUGGAUCUUGCCGAGUUGUCAGAAUCGACUGAAAAUUCAGAAAUGAUGCAAUGGGCUCGUAAAAUUUUAAACAAAUCCACACAAUACGAUUGUUACAAAUUUGAGGUCGAAUAUGUGGACAAUAUGUUGAAUUUGUAUCGAAAACGAUUCAAAAUGGUGGUCAAUCCAAAUGAAAGUGUUGAAGAUUUUGUGAGAAAGGCAAAAAUUCGAUGUGGAAUUCGUGGCCAAUAUGAAUUGCAAUUUUAUGAUCCAGAUUUUAAGGAACUUGUGGAUGUUAUUGAUCUAAAAGAUAUGCAACUGGAUGAAGAAGAGUUAAAUUUAAUUAAAUUGAAACGAGUGAGAGCAAAUGAUGCACCUAGUGCUCAAAAUCAUGGUCAAGUGAAAAACAUGAAAUAUGAACAAUAUUUAGGAAUGAUCUUUCAGGAAAAGUAUAAAAUUGUGAAAACGAUCGAUGAAGGUGGAUUUGGAGUAGUUUUUGAAGCGGAAGUUCUGUUAGGAGAUGUGAAUAUUGUCGUCGAAUCACCAUCCACAGGACCAACAACAACAUCCACUCAUGAAACGAAUCGUGUGAAAAAUGUGGCAUUGAAAAUGGUGAAUUGUCCAAAAGGAAGUGUUCAAAAACAAAUUCAAGAUGCAGAACAUGAAGCAUUGCUUGUACAGCAGUUACAACAUCCAACUAUUGUCAAAAUUAUUGACACUUUUCAAAUUGAUACUCAAUACUCUUCGAUUUUUUGCAUUGUGAUGGAAUUGUAUAUAUUUGGAGAUGUCAUGCAACUUAUUAACACACAACGUCAAAAGUCAGAACCCAUUCCAUUGGAAAUUGUGUGGAAAAUUUUAACGCAAAUGGCUUCAGCGAUUGAUUAUAUUCAUUCUCAUAACAUUAUGCAUCGAGACAUCAAACCACAUAAUAUUUUUGUAAAAUAUUACAAUAAGGAAGAAAAGAAUAUUGACAUUGUGUUGGGAGAUUUUGGAAUUGCAAAAGAAAAUGCUCACACCACUCGACAGACAUAUGCAGGAUCAUUGUGUUAUAUUUCAGUGGAGAUUUUAUUGAAUCAACCUUAUGGAUUUGCGACGGACAUGUAUUCUUUGGGUGUGACAUUGUUUCAAUUGUUGUCACUUGAUACUUCUCUUUCAAUUUGUUCACUCUUGAUUCAUUCAGAAGAUAAUUGUUUGCAAGAAUUGAAAAAGAAAAUUCUCACCAACUAUCAAGAUCAUCUCGAUCACAAUAAGGGUCUCUUGCAAAAAUUAAUUCGAGUCAUGAGUCAAUUGUUGAGAUUUCAGCCACAAUCAAGAUUGAACAGUUCACAAUUAUUAUUAGAACUGGAAAAGAGAUGA